AUGGGCAUAAAAGCCUUCCAGCCGCAUUUGGAAGGAAAAUACUCUGUUCCCAACCUAGGGCAAUCUAUAGCGCUGCAGCAACGCAGCAUUAUCUUUUCCAUUGUUGACCACUCUGUGGCCGUCAAAGCGAUUGCUUGCGACCUAACACACCGCAAGAUUGUCCUGACAUCCACGGCCAACGCACCAAUUUCAGAGCAGAUUGCUCGUUUCCCUAAGCUCAUGCUUCCAGGAUACGACAAAUCAAAUUCCUCCAGCCCAUUGAUUCUGGCGGGCGACGCUGCUUCCCGGGUACCUACACUGGCCGCAAGAACGAAGCUCUCCUCCAGGGUGAUGCUUUUAUCGCCAGAGAGGCGCACCCGGGCCGCCAUGCCAUCAUUGCAAUCUCAAUCGACUCAAAACACGCGAGGUGGCAUCACGAAACUCCAGCUCAACCCAUUUGACAUCUUUGAGCCCGACGUUCGUAUCCUUGCCACCAACGAGGAGACCACCACGAUCAUCUGCUGGUUCGUCCCCAUCGCAACUCCUCUUGGGCCUCCCGUGUCUGCACAGCUCUGCACGCGGUCUGCUUUUGCUACCCAUCCGGGAGAGUAG